AUGAAUUUCUACGUCUUUGAAGAAAGCACCAGACAAUGUUCAAUACCAUCAUCAACCCACAACAUAUGUUCAUUUAUACAGAAACAAUGUGAUACAAAUUAUUUCAAAAUUUCAGAACUUUAUUAUUGUUACUUGACUUCAUCAUUACCAAGUUUAUUGUUAAGCUCACUACUAAUAUUGGUUUUGCUAGUGGUCAUCCUAAUAUCACUUAGUAUAUUGGUGUCAAAUUAUUUAUUCCAAAACUUACACAACUUAACCAAUGUGCUAGGGUUGAACAAUCAAAUAUUAUCCUUUAUAUUAAUUCCCUUAACAAACUCUCUACCUGAUAUACUAAACUAUUAUAUAGCAUUGGAUUCUGGCUCUACCGAUUUGGUCAUUGGCCAACUAAUGGGGUCCCUACUAAUUAUGUUCACUGUCAUUAUUGGAUCGAUUAGUAUUUUAAAUCGAGGGUACAUAAUAGAUCACCCAAAAAUACUUAUGCUAGAUUUGGUAAUAGUAUUGAUUGUUUUGAUUUUGUUUCUGGAAAUACUAUCUGACGGGAAAAUCACAAACUUGGAGUGUUGGACUAUGAUCACAGGAUACUUUCUAUACAUCUUGUUUUUGAUAUUUUUUGACAAAGAUAAACUUAAAGAAUCAGCAGAUGAAGAGCAGAUUUGGAUUGAAUACCUGAAUAAUGGCCUGUUCACUCAUCCUUAUAAUAUCGAGGACGCAAUCAGUAUUUUGUCCUCUAACGAUGACGAAAUUGCGAGCUAUGGACCAGUUUUUUCCAGAUCACCAUCACCACUACCAGACAACACAAACUCACCCAAUGGGUCACUUUCUUUAUCAAUAAGCUCACUGUCGCCAAGAUCGUCGUCACCAUUAUGUGGACCUACUGAACUGGUGACAGAAGAAUCUCCAUUGUUAUUGUCAGUUCCUGGGAAAUUCUCCACCUCCGAAUCAUCACCGUCUAUUUCAGUGAAUGAAGAUUCAGAGGAUGAGAUUAUCAUCCAAAUCCCAUCACGAUCCAAAUCUUUUGUACAGCGAGCGUUUGAUCUAGUUGACUGUUUGUUCUUGACUUUUGUCCCAUACUAUAGAAAGAUAGAGUCCAAUUACAGUAAAACAAUAAUAUGUUGGUACAUUAUGGAAACCACCGCCAUUAUCAAUUAUCAGUUCUUUCAAAUCCCAUACAAAUACGUGAUACCCUUAUCGUACAUAGUUGCUGCAAUCUUGGUUCAUGUACAGGUCUCCAACAACGUUCAGAUAGUUUCUAUUUCAGUGGCCGGAUUAACUGUAAGUUUAAUAAUUGUUUCAAAUUUAGCUAUAAUAACUUUGCAAUUAUUGAAAAACCUUGGUGUAAUCUGGCAAAUUUCCGAUUAUUUGUUGGGUCUAAUCGUGUUUGCAAUUAGCAAUUCGCUAAAUGAUGGUAUCACAAAUGUAACCAUUUCAACUAAAAUAAACCCUAUAUUGGGUAUAAAUAGUUGUAUUGGUACUCCUUUAUUGAUAAUACUAUUAGGCAUAGGUGGGAGUGGAUUGAUAGUCACCAGUAGAUCGCAUAAAGAUAUUUUGUUCAACUUAACUGACAAUGUUGUAAUUAGCGCUGCUGGAUUAAUUUUUAGUAUUUGUUGCUUAAUUAUUUACUUGCCAUGGAAUAAUUACCGAGUUGAUGCUAAGAUUGGUAAUUUCUUGUUGUUGCUAUACAUUGUCAUGACAGGUGUAGAAAUAUGUUUAGAAUAUUGA